AUAAAUUUUUGAGAUGAAUUCCCAAUAUUGCCCUUAAUUAAACAAAUUUGUAUUAUACUCAAUUAGGUUAAAAAGUAGUAAUUGGCCGCCUACCUUCAAGCAAUAUUUACCGAGAAUUCACGGCCAGAGCUCCACGACCUUGAACGCGGCAGUGGUUCAUGCAAUAUUACCGGAAAACACACGGCCUUGAACGCAGCAGUUUCGAGAAGGGAGAUGCGUGCAGUGCUAGGGUUUCAAUGACAAGCGAUGAUGCGCUGAACGAGAUUUCUCUAAGCAAAAGUUUGGAGAAGAAACAUGUAUGUUUGGUUUUGGCAGUGAAUUCGUUACUUUGGCAUAGUUGUAAGGAAGCUGAAGUGGCCCCUAAAGGUGUUCUGCAAGAUGGGAGGAUUAACACGUACUGUAACGUGAAUGAGGCUGGGAUGUGUAUGCUGUCUCCUGGGAGAGAAGUGUGCAUACCACGUUGUUUGAAGUGGAAAGUUUGUGCCAAGUUUAGUGCAGGGAAAGUGGCUGAUGCACUAUUCAAAUCUGAGAAGUCGUGCCUACCCGAGCACGUGAUAAGAAGAAGAGGGUCAGGAGAUAGAUCAGACGGUGCGGUGUUGACAGAAGAUGGUGGAGAGAUGGCUUCAAAGCAGGGUGGAGAUGAUGAGGUAGAUAUGGUUGGUUUUGGCAGUGUGGGUGGUAAUGAUAUGGCUUAUGGGUCCAACGUAAGGAAAGAGGAACGUAUUCAAAAGCAUGCAUGUGAGCACAAGGAAUUGAUGAAAGUAAUGCUGGAGAUUAUGGCUAAGCAAGCAGAACAAGACAAGAAGAUUGAUCAAAUUUUGGUUAUGCUUCAACAAAAAGAUGAGGUAAAGGAUGAUGAUAGAGAGAAUUUGGAGAAUGAUGAAGAAAUAAUGGUGAUUCCCAAUGCAUCGUCCUUUGAAAUACUUACUCCCAUGGCAAAAGAUGGUGGGGCUAGUGAUGGGAACAAGAUUAAUGGUAGUGGCAGUGUAUUAGUAGCUGAAGGAAGUCACGCUGAAGAAUGUUACAAGCCAUCAGAGAUACCCUUUGGUGAUACACAAAUCAGUCCUCAUGAUUUGGAACUUAUUGACAAGGCGACUGAGAUGUUGGCGAAGUCUUUUGAGAGACGUGAAACUAUUAGCGUUGCAACCAGAGUUAACAUAUGCCUCAUUGAGAAAGUUAUGAUCAUUGUGGGUAGUGACGUCAUUACUUUGUGGGUGGACUGUGGAAUUGAGAUAAAGCUCUACGCAUAGUGGCAGGUGUGAAGUGUCAUUUUGGAACGACUUCAAUUUCAGAUAGAAUAGUAAUUCGGAAUCAUCAGAAACAACAAUAGGUGGGGGGAGGACCCAACAAUAAAAGAAAGACGCACAGUAUUCCGAGACCAAUCAAUAAGUAUGACAGAUUUGAGUAAAUCUAAGAAAGAUUGGAAUGAAGU